GCUCACUUUGGCCUUUCCUCCGCCCGGAGCUCAGAUUAAAUUGCGCACAGUUGUGGCAGGGCUGCUGUUAAUCCGCUUAUUCCCGUACAGUUUGGGAGAAGUCAACCCUCACUCUCCAGAAUGCUCAGCACAGUCAGCAAACAACUGAGAAACCACCCGGCAUUGAUCCCCCUGUUCAUCUUCAUCGGUGGAGGGGCCACCAUGUCCAUGAUGUACCUUGCUCGCCUGGCUCUUCGAAAUCCCGAUGUGUGCUGGGACCGCAAGAACAACCCAGAGCCUUGGAACAAGAUGAGCCCCACCGAUCAGUACAAGUUUUUCACCGUCAACAUGGACUACAGCAAGCUGAAGAAGAAUGGACCUGACUUCUAAGAUCAUAUCUGCUGGACCAAAGGCAUGAAUCCGCACAGGUCAUCCUCAGCCUUCAUGGAUGGACGGAUGCAAAAACCGCACAAUGUUUCUUGUCUAAGUUUCCCCAUCGCAUCCCAUUGACUCUUCAAAACAUGCCCCCCUUUUUUUUCCCUCAUUAUAAAUGGUUGUCAAUAAACUAAAGGAGUCUUUUCUCCUCCAUACAGAGAAAA